GCCAUGGAACGUUGGCAAAAUCGUGUGGCUGUGGUGACUGGUGCCAGUUCGGGUAUUGGGGCAGAGAUCUCCCGUAAACUGAUUGCCUCUGGUGUGAUUGUGGUCGGAUUGGCUCGUCGCCUUGACCGCAUGCUGGAACUGCGUGCAGAAAUCCCUGAAGACAGGCGCCAAAACUUCCAUAUCAAGCAAUGCGAUGUGUGCGAAGUGAAAUCGGUGAAUGACGUAUUCGAUCAGAUAAUCGAGGAAUUCGGUGGUGUGGACAUUUUGAUUAAUAAUGCUGGAAAACUUUCCGGUGGCCAAUUGUUGACCAUGUCCUUGGAUACGGCUCAGCAGGUGCUACAGACCAAUGUGAUGGGCGUGGUCUACUGCACACAGCGAGCAUUUCAAUCGUUGCGCUCCAAGUCCCCGCCCAUUGAGGGUCACGUGGUGCUCAUUAAUAGCAUUGUGGGUCAUUAUCUAUUCAAUCCUUUGCCCGGUAGCCAGCAGGAGCUGAAUAUGUAUCCGGCCACAAAACAUGCCCUAACAGCCAUGACCGAACUAUUUCGUCAGGAGUUGAGGGAUUUCAAGACAAAGAUCAAGGUCACGAGCAUUAGCCCCGGCCUGGUGGACACGGAGUUGGUGCCGCAGCAAUACAAAACAUUGCCCAUGCUACAGGCUGAGGAUGUGGCCAAUGCCAUUAUGUAUGCCCUGGCCACUCCGCCACAUGUCCAGGUCCAUGAGCUGACCAUAAAACCCAUGGGUGAACCAUUCUAAAUACGAAGAGCUGAGUUAACAUAAACUUAAAGUGAUUUGAGAUCUUUCACUGUUCGGCCCCAUCCAUCCUCCAUUCAUCCAUCCAAUAAACCGAAAUGCCAAACAGUAUGUUAGACAA